UGGAUAAUAUCGAUUUUCUUUCAGGUGUUGCAGGGUGGUCCCACGCCCAAUGAAUUAGCGAUGUCAGCGCUGCUACAAGACCCCACCUACCCAUUACCCACUAUCCACUAUCCACUAUCCAUUUGCCCACCGCGGUCAAUUUAGGAGGUACCUGCAUUGUGGAAGUUCCAUGCAGACAUCAUCUUCCAAUCACGUGUAGCGAUUAGGAUUUUGCGACGAACCCUUUUUAUUUAUUUAUUGUUCUUUACAACACUCGCGUUAAGUUGUACCGUCCAACCUACAGCCAACUUACAGAAAAGCUGUACCGACGCCAUAAUUCCAUAUUACUAGUAUUACUAUUACUUACAUUAGAUAUUUAUAACAACAACACCAGCUAGGUACAUUCUUCAACAACAAAAGUCCCCUCCGGAUAUCCCGCUGCCGCGUUCUCCUUCGUCCAACCCGCGCUAGGUCGGUUUAGGGGGGCUACGAAAGAAAAAAGAUGUGGCGAUAUGCCAUGCCAACUGUCUUGCAUUGCAUAAACGACGUCGACUUAUCAUAGCCCUUCCCGCAUCGCAGCAUCAACUGUUUGCCAAGCCCCCGAACGUUUGUUCAUUAAAACCUACCGAUCCUGCAGUUCGACGGAAUAUCCCACCCCCUUUGAGUCAGUCUAUGUAUGUGUGCGUGUGUAUGUGUGUUUUUUUGGGUUUUUAAUUAUAUCUCCGCGUCUUUGCCCGCCGGCACUUUCAACUCCUAUCUACACAUCUGCAUUUACAUGCCUACCUUAUAUAUAUGCAUGUGUGCGGCCUGGCUACUAGGUCUCUUCGGCUAUCAGUUGCUCGAAGAGGCGGACUUGCAUAUUCGCUCACCCGUACGAAUGGGAUGAGAUCUCGUCCGGCAUAAUCCCACGCGAACUCAUGUCUCUGGUUUAAUCGUAUUUGUUGGACUCGAUGAAUAUGUCGAGAGAACUCACUGCCUGCCGCCUUUUAUUAUGCGGCUUGCCGAGACCCUACCUGUAGGCGAACCCGAGUCUGUAGUCAGUUACGCUGCGUUAGUUACCAGAUCUCAUGAGCGUAAAUGCUCAUAUAACAUACAAUUUACCGCCAAUGGUAUUGUGAACGGCUCUCACCUUCGUGGGGGCGUUAGGAAGUAGACAG